CAAAAAAAAAAAAAGGGAAAACUUGCACUUUAUUUUUUCCUUCUCCCACUCCACUUCGAAAUCUCCCUUUUUAAUCGAUCAAGUGCUGCUCUCUCUCUCUCUCUCUCUCUCUCUCUGCUGCUUGUAUCGAGUGCUGCAUGAGUCUUUCCCAAUCUCCUGUCGUCCUCCUCCUCCUUAAUUGUUCUCGUCUUCGGAGCGGCCGAUAACGGUGGAUCUGUCCCACUGAUCUCCGCCGCCAUGGAAGCGGGCUGGAUCUCCUCCGCUCCUCGCACCGUCGAGGAAAUCUUCCGAGAUUAUAGCGGCCGGAGGACCGCCAUAGUCCGAGCUCUCACCGAAGAUGUCGAUGCCUUCUACGCGCAAUGCCGUCCAGAAAGGGAGAAUCUUUGUCUGUACGGGCACCCGAACGAGACGUGGGAGGUGAAUCUUCCGGCGGAGGAGGUGCCACCGGAGCUGCCGGAGCCGGUGCUCGGGAUCAAUUUCGCGAGGGACGGGAUGAACGGCAAGGAUUGGCUGGCCCUAGUCGCCGUACACAGCGACUCCUGGCUCCUUUCCGUCGCCUUCUACCUCGGGGCCCGCCUGAACCGGAAUGACAGGAAACGUUUGUUUAGCAUGAUCAAUGAUCUUCCAACCAUCUUUGAAGUGAUAACGGAUAGUGGGCAAUCGAACGAGAAGUCUGGCAUGGAUAAUGGAAGUAAAUCCAAACUCUCAACAAAGAGGUCAAGCGAUGGACAGCUAAAAAACAAUUCAAAGACAGUUGACGAGGGGUAUGGUGAAGAUGAUGAUGAACACAGUGAAACUCUUUGUGGUACUUGUGGUGGCAGCUAUGGUGCAGAUGAGUUUUGGAUCGGUUGUGAUAUAUGUGAAAGGUGGUUCCAUGGCAAGUGUGUGAAGAUAACUCCAGCAAAAGCUGAGAAUAUAAAGCAAUACAAAUGCCCCAGUUGCAGUUCAAAGAAAGGAAGGUAGUAAACUAAAAAUCCUGCUGUCCAGUAUUUCUCCAUUUCAGACUAGUAAGUUCUGAAGACUUUGUUCUCAUUAACAUUUAUAGCUUAGGUGUGACAGUCCAUAUUUUGUAAUGUUAUUUGUGCUCAUCUGGAAAGAUAUUUGUGCAAUAACACUGGAAGCUCCAUCUAUCAUUCAUGCUAACAUUUGAGAAACGAAUUUUACUUUUUCACU